AUGGCCUCGGAGACUCAGGUUUUAGUGGACGACAAAUCUAGUGUUAGAAUCUUGACACUAAACAGACCAAAGCAACUGAAUGCUCUAAACUCCAACAUGAUCACUCUGUUGAUGCAAUUGUUCCUUGAAUAUGAGGAAGACCCUAAUGUGAAAAUCGUCAUCCUAAAGGGUCAGGGAAGAGCCUUUUGUGUUGGUGGCGAUCCUCUACCUGUUUUUCGUGACAUCGUCAUACAAGGCAAGUCAUGGAGAGUCGGUGCGGAUUUCUUCUCAGAACAAUACAAGCUCGACCAUUUCAUGGCCACGUAUAGCAAAGUUCAGAUUUCAAUUUUAAAUGGUAUUGUCAUGGGAGGCGGAGCUGGUAUCUCCGUCCAUGGUCGGUUCCGUAUUGCAACUGAGAAAACGGUUUUUGCCAUGCCUGAGACAGAACUGGGCCUCUUUCCAGAUGUAGGCGCCUCAUACUUCUUGUCAAGGCUCCCUGGAUUUUUUGGAGAGUAUGUUGGCCUCACUGGAGCUAGGUUAGAUGGGGCCGAAAUGCUUGCUUGUGGUCUUGCAACUCAUUUUGUGCCUUCAUCGAGGUUGAAUGCAUUAGAAGCAGAUCUUUGCAAAGUUGGUUCAAGUGAUCCAGUUACCUUUGCCUCAGCAAUUCUCAAUGCAUACACUAAGCAUCCGAAAUUGAAACAGCAUAGUGCUUACUACAGGUUAGAUGUUAUUGAUAGGUGCUUCUCGAGAAGAACAAUGGAAGAGAUUAUAUCUGCACUUGAGAAAGAGGCCACUGAAAAGCCAAAUGAAUGGAUCUCAGCUACCAUUCGAGCUUUGAAGAAGGCAUCACCAGCAAGCCUUAAAAUCUCUCUUAGAUCGAUAAGAGAAGGGCGGUUUCAGGGGGUGGGACAGUGUCUUAUCCGUGAGUAUAGAAUGGUGUGUCAUGUGUUGAAAAGAGAAAUAAGCAAAGAUUUUGUGGAGGGUUGUAGAGCCGUGGUGAUAGACAAAGAUAGGAACCCAAAGUGGGAGCCACGGAGUCUGGAAGAAAUGAAGGAUAACAUGGUGGAGAGGUACUUCGAGAGAGUGGAUGAAGAGGAUGGAUGGGAGGAUCUAAAGCUUUCACCAAGGAAAAACUUGCCUGCUUUAAUAAUCGCAAAGCUGUGAACUAGCUAGAGAAGGUGGUGAAGCUGAUGUGUGAUCGUUCGUUGGUUGGAGCUCAAAUUUCAUUGGUUGUCACGCGACCGUUUCCUUAUGUUUUUUUUUGGUGUAAAACUUCUUUUUAAGUUGUGUAAAACUUGUGAUAAAUGCUUUAGUAUAUUUACUCUUGUCAACAACUAUGUCAGCGACUUCAUCAAAUUAUAAAUCACAUGUUUAUCCUUUUCUACCGUGGCAUCUUGCAUCCGCAUGGUACUCCCAUUCUGCAUGAUUUCUGUAUUAACGUCUGCAUCAAUGAUUGUAUUCGUCAAAACAGACUAUUGACAUCUAAAACUAUAGUUUACAUUUUUAGUCUCAUCCACCAGAAAAUUGCCAGUCUUUCAGCAAUUUUUUAUUGGCCAGAAUCCUCCACUCUUUUGGUCAUUUUAGUAACAGUUAAUGGAAUCAAUGAUUUUAGUAGAAGUCUCGAUCAUAGUAACACGAAACAUAAGAAUACUUUCCUUAAAAAAACAAAGUUCUCUGAUAUGAAACAAAAAACUUACUUCCUUUUAACCUAAUCUCUCUUAGAGAUUAAGUUAAUUCUUGGAAGCUUGUUUAUUAUUAGUUACUAGGUAAUAACCCGCGCCUUGCGCGGAAUGUAGUUAUAGUUUCGUUAUUUUUAAUAAAAGACAUUAAAUCUGUUUAAUCUGGAUAUUGGUUCGGUUUUAAGUUUUUUUUUUGGUUUUUAAUCUUCUAAAAUAUAACUAUUAUUUUAAAUUAAUAUUCAUUUUAGUUUAUUCGGUUAAAAUGUUUGAUUUUUUUUUUGUUUUUUUCGGUAAAAACAAAAAAUUAAUAUUAUUUGUUUAUUUUCAUGUUAUGAAUUUUAGAUAGUCGUCACGUCGAACCAAUAGUUUCAUAUUAUAGUUUCUAAACAGAUAAUAGUUUAAGAAAAAGAUAAGAAAAUUAUUAAGACAAAUAAUUUCACUACAAUUUGGUCGGUAGUGAAAAAAACAUUAAGAAAAAAUAUUUCAACUUUCAAAAAAAUUAGAUACUUCAGUUGUGGUGAAUACUUUGUUACAAAGUGCUCACAUCAAGAUGCACAUAUAUGUGUAUGCAAAAAGUAUAUAAAAAUAGUUGACAAAUAUAAUGUUAAUUAAUAUUAAAUGACAUUUUUGUUCAAAAUAAUACAUGAAAGAUAAAAUUAAAAUUAGUUUAAAAUAAAAAUGCCUUGACAUUAGUCAUUUUUUCAUAUAAAGAAAAUAAAAUUUUAUCCGUAAAUAGGGGUGAGCACAGAUCAAAUAUCUGGGUAUUUGGAAGCAUUCGUGUCGAUUCGAUCUUUAGCCACCUAGAUAUUUGGUGACUCGGAUUUCCAAAAUGUUUUAGAAUUUUAAAGAAUAUCCGAUUUGAUCCGUAAAUAUAAUAAAUUUUAAAAAUAAUUGAUUUUUUUUAAUAAUACUAUUUUAUUACAAAAAUAAAACAUUAUUUAACUUUUUCAAUUCUAGUACCUAAUAUAAUAAAUUUAAUUCAUAAAAAUAUUGUAAAACUGAUAUAAAAUAUAAUAUAUAACAUAUAUAUAUAAUUCUUUACAUAUAUGUAUAUAUGCAUAUAACAUAUUGAAUUAGAUAUUUCUUCCAAAAAAUAUUGGUAUUUGUGAUUUGCUUCUUUUUUAUAUAUUGUAUUUUAGUAUUUGAUUUGUUUCGUAGAGUUAUAGAUAUCAAGAUUUUUUGGUUCAAAUCAAAACGGAUAACGAAUCGAAUCAAAACUUAUGCAUAUUUUUCUUAAUUUUAUCCGUAAACAAUAAAAAUAAUAUAUAUAUAUAUAUAGUUUGGCUUUUGAUUCGUUAUCUAUUUUUAUUCGAACCAAAAAGUCCUGCGUUUUAUUGGAACCAUGUAUGUGAGUUUUAUAUUAAAAAAAAAAUACAAAGUACAUAGUGUGAACACAUUUAUGAAUAUAGUGUGAACGCGUAAACAUAUUUAUUAUCAAAUCAUUGUAAUGCUGCCGUGUGUCUAUUAUAGUGUGAAUGCAUUUAUUACAAUAAUUUUCUUUUAAUAUAUAAAGAAUAUAUGAAACCCUUAUAUAGGGAUACAACUUCGUAGAAAAAGGAAAACUCUUAAACUAAUAUAAAAAGGAAAACUUCAAGACCACCUAUUAAAUAGAAAAUUACCAAAACUAUUAAUAUAAAAUAUCCUAAUCUAUCUAACCAUAAUCACGUAUCAUUAUCCCCUCAGUGAUAUGAAUCUGACAGCUCCAUAUCUUUCUGAAAGUUCUACUAGACGUCUUCUUUAGCACUUUAGGUAUUUGUCUGCCACCCAAAUCGUUCUUUGUCUCGUGGUUAGAUUUCUCUAGUCGAGUUACUAUUAACGCGUCUGACUUUAUAGUGCUCGUCUUAGAUAAGGGGAGACUUUCCUCUUUUUGAAGUUCCUCCACGUUCUCCUCAUAAAGUUUCUCCUUUGUUGUGUUGGUCUGCUUGCGUGUUUCUUCAUGGGCACGAGCAAACGUCUCCAUAUCUAACGCUGCUUGUUUUCUUUUUUUCUUCUCUAGCUCUAAUAUCAUUUCUUGGAGAUCUUGAAACAUCUCAUGCAACUCAGUAGCAAGGGAUUUAAUGGAAUCAUAAUCUCCAAUCGGAUCGUUCGGCUUUUAUACCAAGUUGAUAUGAACCAAAAAGCUUACUUUCUUUUAACCUAACCUCUCUUAGAGAUUAAGUUAAUUCUUGGAAGCUUAUUUAUUAUUAAUCAUAAAAAGGAAAACUUCAAAACCAUCCCUCUAUAGAAAAUUACCAAAACUCUUAAUGUAAAAUAUCCUAAUCUAUCUAACCAUAGUUACGUAUCAUUCUCCUGUCUUUAUUCAUUAUUGUUUUACUGAAAUAUGUAUGUAGGAAACAAAGGAAAAGGAAUCAUCGAUUCCUUAACUUGUGGACAUGGAAAAUGAGAUAAUGGUCCUACAGCUAGGAGGAUCACUUUCUCUUAUUGCAUAGACAAAUUAUUGAGAAACACACACACAAGUAUGGCUCAAGCCUGUCGCUUAUAUGAGAAACCAUUGACAGUGAGACCUCCAUCAACACAAAUGGUCUGACCAGUAAUAUAUGACGCUGCAGGUAGACACAAAAAGGCGACAAGUGAUGCAACCUCUUUUGGCUCUCCAGCACGACCAAGCGGAGUUCUACUGAACAAACUCUUCUUGUAACCCGCGUCUUCAAGAUGCUGAUAAUUCACAUUAAGACAUAAAAAUGAUAAGUACAAAGUGUUAAUUGGAAAAUAAUAUAUAAGAAAAAGUGGAGGGUGUUAUUAUUACAGGUUCAGCCAUAUCAGUGAGGAUAAAAUUAGGAGCAACAGAGUUAAUUCUUAUGCCAUCAGUUGCCCACUCACACGCCAAACUUCUUGCUAGUUGAUUCAUAGCUCCUGUACAACACACAAAGAUGUAAAUUAGGACAAUCAAAUAAAAAGCUGUACGAAGAAAUACCUCUUUAUAUAUGAAUGAAUGGAAAACCCUUCUAUUUUUACAUUUUUUAAAAGAACUAUAACUGCUUGCGUUCACUUAAGAAUCUAUAUGAAUUAGAUCUAAAAUAAUACAUGUAAACACAACACACGCACACGUAUAUACAUAUAUAUAUAUAUAUAUAUAUAUAUAUAUAUAUAUAUAUAACCAUUUUAGCUAUGAAUUUUGACACCACACGAACCAACUUAAUUAUUCGUAUAUUACAUUCAUUUUUAUUGAUAAAUUCACAAUAUUAAUGCGUCUAGUUCUAUUGAUUAACUUUCAAUCGGUGUACCUUUCGUUAAACUAUAGAGGGAUCCACAUUCCAUUGAUACAACCCCUCCAACAGAAGAAUUCAUAACAAUGCUUCCGAAUCCAGAAGCCUUUAAAAGAGGAUGUGAAAGCUGGCUAAGAUGAUAAGCUGAUUCCAAGUUUGUUGAAAUAUGGAACGAGAAAUCUUCUGCCACAUAUUCUGUUGUUGGUUUAAGGCGAACUACGCCAACGUUAUUCACCUAUGUUAAACAAAAAAGAGUAACAAAAGUCUUACUAUAUUUUACCCCCAAAAGAAUCUUUCACUACUAAUAGGUAUUGUUCCUAUAAGAACAUACUUAGUUUUUAAAGUUAAGACUACAUCUGGACCCGCCCGACCGGGCGGGUGUGUUUUUUCUGUUUAUGUAAUAUAAUUAAAAUUUUCUACACCAUUAUAUAAUGUAUCAAAAUUAUAAUACAAAUGAUGACAAUAAAACAUCACAUAAUAUAAAAAUUGCUGUAACAUAAUUUGAUUACAAAAUUGAUCACAGUGUAAUAAGGUAAUUUAAGUUGGGCUACAUUUCUAUUGACAACCAUUAAAAUAUGAUGAAACUAAAAAUUAUGAGUUAGUAUGAUAUAUAGUGUUCCAAAAAAUAAGAGUUAGUAUGAUAUAUGAAUGUGUACAAUCGAGUGGUACUCGGGUAGAAUAUAUAGUAGAGGGACAAUACCCUAGUUGAGAAUAAAUAUAUUUGCUUAAUUUGCAAGGUAUAUUAAGCGAAAUUAAUGAAAAUAAUAUUUUUUUAUUCUGUUUUUUUGUUUUUGAAAUAAUGCUUCAAAUCUUAGUUGUUAUGAUUUGAAAUAGAAAAUGAUAAUAUCUUGUGCUUGUUCCCCAAGUUUAGGUGUUUAUUGAGUAAAUCAAAGAUUUUGUGGUUGUUUUAAUAUUCUCAAUGAUAAAUGCGAUGCCGUUCCUUUUGUAUAGAGUGGAAAUCACGUUUGAGUUAUUAAAAAUGGAUUUCUUUAUUUCUAGUUCGUGGGUGUUAUAUAAGGAAAAUAAUCAAUUUGUGGAAAAGACAAGCAUUUUUAAAUAGAGAUAAAUUUAAUUCUCAAUGGCAUUUGACUGUAAAUAUUGUGUAACUUAUAGGGUUAUUCUCUAAGUGUACUUCUGUUUUAAUAAAGUAGAUUAGCUUACAAGAAUGGUCAGCUUGCCAUCGAACAUCUUUGAGACAGUUUGCAUCAAUGUUUCUCUCUCAGGCCGAGAGGAUACAUCACAUAUUGAACCGCUCACUUGAAACCCUUUAUUUUCCCAUUCGCUUAAUCUUUGAUUAAGCAGUGUUUCAGAUAUGUCGCAUACAUGGAUUGUAGCUCCAAAACUAGCUAAUUCUUCUACUAUAGCAUGCCUAAAACAUCCACAACUUAUCAAAAAAUUAUCGACAUAUAUCUUACAUUGAAAGAGGGAACAAUGAGAUAAGAUAUGAUACAGCUAGAGAGUACAAAAACGAACCCGAUUCCGCUAGCUCCACCAGUUACAAGGGCAGUCAUGCCUUGAAGACUCCAUCUUUUAUCCAUUUUUGUUUGCGAAUGAGUAACGAUGAUCACAUAUGCUAAAUAACAUAUAUAGAGGCAAGGUAUAUCAAAUAUACGUAGCCAAUGACGUUUUGGAGAAGUGGAAAAUUAAGGGUCAUUUAAAAUAAUGAAAAUGAAUUAUGUAAAUAAAAAAAAAGCAAAUGGAAACUGAGUAUAUAUUAAGUAAAAUAAAGUAUUUUAAUAUUUGUUUGGGUGUGAACAGUUGAGUUUCUUCUACUAAUUGAGUGUGAACAUGUGUUGAAUUUUUUACAAAAUUAGUUUGGCUGGAAUAAUACAAUUUCAAGUGUUGAGUUUCUUCAAUAAAUUUAGGACUCGAUCGUCUCUUUUUCUAUAAUACUCUGAUUGAUUCACGUUUUUAAUUCAUUUAUUUGGCUGUCGAUCUUGGACUCGAUCAAGUGGUUCCCUAAUAAUAUGAUUGAUGUCGAGCAUCUCAUAUACUACUAAAAGUUUACUAUUAAAAGGUUCUGAUACAGAGCUUAAAUAAUGUUGGAAAUAAAAUUGGCACUGAAGCUGAUUGUUUUUUUUCUCCAGAAAUGGUUAACUUUGAUUUCUAUGGCUUUUCCUAUAUAGAUUUAUCAUUUAUCUCCCUUGCACUAUAUCAUCUACAAUUUCUACAUAUUUUUACAUCAAAUCAACCACAUCAAGUGUAAAUAUGUUUUUAUUGUUAAGGUUAUUCCGUUCUAUGCACGAAUCUCUAUUUGUUAUUGGAGAAAUCAGUUUAUAUGUAUCAUGUUUACGUAAUUCUCAACACUAAUUACAGUUUAUAGAUUAAAAUAGUUAAGAAUAUAAUAUUUAUUAGUUUAUAAACUUAUUAAUUUAAAGUGAAUUUUUUUCUAUAUUUAUAUUUAAAAUAAUUUUUAUUUAAAAUAAGAAAUAUAUAAUUGUAGGACAUUAUAUAUCCGAUAAAUUUUAUUUAUUUAGCAUUAAGUUUUGCUAGAUUAUUUGUAUUUUUUGAGUUUGUCGGUGUAUCAGCUAUAUGUAUCCUAAAAUGUAAAUGUGUUUUAAAUAUAAUUCUAUAUAUAAUACAUAAAUAUUGUAAAAUAAUAAGAGAGAUUAGAACAUUUUAAUUUCUAAUGAUUGAUUAUGGAACCAACCCCCCACGCAUGCAAUACCAGUCGAGUCUUUCGACCGAUAUGUGGUCACCUCAAGAUAUGAUUAUGGAUUUGAGAGAUUCACGAGUUUAUAUUGAUCUAGGAAUUGAUAAACACUAGUCUUAUGUGAGUGACGUUAUAGCUGCACACAGAAGAAGGCACUGACUUGAUUUCCUGAGUCGGAUUCAUGAUGUGAUGUUGUGGAUAUGGAAUGUGCAUUCUUACAAUCCCAUUUUCAGAUCAAAGACAAAUUCAAAACUAAUUUGUAGACCACGGCAAGAAGGGAGUACUGGUAUAACUAUAGGGGAGUUUGUUUUCUCUCGCUACUCCAAAUACUCGUUCAUUUCUUUGUUGUCUGUCCACAAUCUUCUCCACGUUUAAGAAAAUGUUAAAUUGGAACAUUGGCGUGGAUACUUCAAGCAUCUUAUGAGCAGUCUGCUCGAAUCAAAGUACCCUCCACAUUGGAACCAUCUCAGUGGUCUUUUGACAGAUAAUGGGAUGGGACAAGACUCAGCUGUAUCUCCUUCGAUCGAUACCCCUUUCAAACAAAGAUACGCCACUUGGAUAGAGAGACCAGUAUGUUUUGGUUGAAUAAAUUUGAAUUCUUUUAAAAGUAUGUUUCUUUAUACUCAUCGAAAAUCAAAAUACAAACAUAAGUUAGAUUUAAUUAGUUGAUUAGAAAAGUUCUUACUAUUAUUACGAACGUGGACUAAUCUUGUUUGUGAGCGUAAUUCUAGGACGACGUUAAAUUAUUUUUUAUUUGUUUUACAUGUAUUUUAUUUUCUUACAUUUUUUUUCUCUUAAAACCAAUAAACCCCACAAGUGUUUGUUCUAAAUCAGUUUGUGACUGUGUCUCAACCUUUAAUAUUGCAAUUUUUAGUUUCUGUAUGAUCAGUUCCUAAAUAUUAUUUUGGCAUAACUGUGCACUUGUGAAUUUUUAGGGCUUUUAUAAAUGUAAAACUUAAGUGUUAUAUUGAAUCUUUUCUUUAGGAAAGAGAAAAUAGAGUGAGUGAUACUAACAACCUAAUCUGAUAGUAUAGGCACUAUUUUCAUCAACAGAUAGUCGGUUACAAAAAAGGCUAUUAAUAUGUUAAUUUCUAAUAUCUUAAAAAAAAUGCAACCCACACUCAGAAUUUUUUUAUAUUCAAUGCAGAAUUUUAGUCGUUUUAGAAAAUAAAUAAAACAAACGGCAAUGUAUUCCAGAAAAAUACAAAAUGGCACAUGCAUGCAUCAUGCAAGUUCUGAAGGUAAUAUUUUAUCCCCAAAUGUUUAUUUUUAGAAAACAAUGCAUGUUCUUCCGUGCAAUAUCAUUGUUUUUGUUAAAAGUCAAAAAUGAUCUCAUGUAUGCUAACUGUAUUUUUCAACAAGUUAAAAUUUUCAACACGAAGUAUCACAUUAUCUACUUCUAAUAUAAAAUUUAUUUCAGUGUUGAUAUUUUGUUUGGUAAAUCAAUGUUAGAAAACUCGAUCGAUUUAUCUAAUGAGAUAAAACAGAUAGACAAUCAACAAUAGAUCCAAAAAAAAAUUGAAUCCAUAUAUCGAACUAGAAAGCUCGAUCGCCCAAACAAUAAAUU